GCGCCGCCCAGCCCGGGAGUCUUUUCAAGGCCCGGCCCUGCCAGCUGCCGUUAUACUUCUUGGCUGUGUGCGUGCAGCAGGACGUGGGACACUCCGGCUUCAAGGGAGGAGAAUGCGGCCACCACCAGAACGUGGCAAGAGGCCUUCCUGACGGGCGGGCCCUGCUAGAGGACUGGGCCGUACUCCACUGCUGAGCACUUCACUUCCGGCACUGCCUUUCCCAAAGACCUCAGACUUCUCAGUCAGUCUGCGGGUCAACGCACUGUCCCAGCAAAGCACACACUCACCCAAGAGGCAAGGAUGGCCAGUACCUUCUCUAAGUUGCUAACUGGCCGCAAUGCUUCUCUGCUGUUUGCUACCAUGGGCACCGGGGCCCUGACCACCGGGUACCUGCUGAACCGGCAGAAGGUGUGUGCUGAGUCCCGGGACCAGCACAAGCUAUUUCCCCCCAGCGCCGACUACCCUGACCUGCGCAAGCACAACAACUGCAUGGCCGAGUGCCUCACCCCUGCCAUCUACGCCAAGCUCCGCAACAAGGUGACGCCAAACGGCUACACCCUGGACCAGUGCAUCCAGACGGGAGUGGACAACCCUGGCCACCCCUUCAUAAAGACCGUGGGCAUGGUGGCUGGGGACGAGGAGUCCUAUGAGGUGUUUGCUGACCUUUUUGACCCCGUCAUCAAACUGAGGCACAACGGCUAUGACCCCAGAGUGAUGAAGCACCCGACGGAUCUGGACGCAUCCAAGGUCACCCACGGGCAGUUCGACGAGCGCUACGUGCUGUCGUCCCGGGUGCGCACGGGCCGCAGCAUCCGCGGCCUGAGCCUGCCGCCCGCCUGCAGCCGCGCCGAGCGGAGGGAGGUGGAGAACGUGGCCAUCACCGCCCUGGAGGGCCUCAAGGGGGACCUGGCCGGCCGCUACUACAAGCUGUCGGAGAUGACAGAGCAGGACCAGCAACGGCUCAUCGACGACCACUUUCUGUUUGAUAAGCCAGUGUCCCCUUUACUAACAUGUGCUGGGAUGGCCCGUGACUGGCCAGAUGCCAGAGGAAUCUGGCAUAAUUAUGAUAAGACAUUUCUCAUCUGGAUAAAUGAGGAAGACCACACCAGAGUAAUCUCCAUGGAAAAGGGAGGCAAUAUGAAACGAGUAUUUGAGCGAUUCUGUCGUGGACUAAAAGAAGUAGAACGGUUAAUCCAAGAACGAGGCUGGGAGUUCAUGUGGAAUGAGCGCCUAGGGUACAUUCUGACCUGCCCUUCGAACCUCGGAACAGGAUUACGAGCUGGUGUCCACGUUAAGAUCCCAAAGCUCAGCAAGGAUCCACGCUUCUCUAAGAUCCUGGAGAACCUAAGACUGCAAAAGCGUGGCACAGGUGGCGUGGACACAGCCGCAGUGGCAGACGUGUACGAUAUUUCCAACAUCGAUCGAAUUGGUCGAUCAGAGGUUGAGCUUGUUCAGAUAGUCAUCGAUGGAGUCAAUUACCUGGUGGAUUGUGAGAAGAAGUUGGAGAGAGGCCAAGACAUUAAGGUGCCACCACCUCUGCCUCAGUUUAGCAGAAAGUGAACUUUCCCUUUCCCAAUUUAUAAAUAAUCUGUCUGCUGGUAUGACAGACAUAAAGAAGUCUCUACUCUGAGAGUUUUUGUAGACUUGGAAAAAUGUAAAAUUGUAGGCCUUUGCCUAUCUUUACAAUAAAACUCUCCCUAA